CGCCUCAUGAAUGCCAAAGCCGGGGAGUUUAUGGGCGCGCGCUCUCACCUGCACCGGGGCGCGAGAUGCUGAUCACAGCUUUGAGACAAGGACUCGUGCAGUAUAAAAGAGACAUCUUCGCAGCCGACAAGCCACAGUCGAUACCUUUGACUUGAGUUGGAAGCAUCUCGUGGUUGUUUUUUUGUUUUGUUUCUUUUUUUUCCUGAGUUCCCAAAGUGCAAGAAUUUUGUUCACCAUGAAAAUUAUCUUUGUGACCCUGUUGGUGUGCAUUUUGGCCUUCGCCAUUGUGUCUGCUGUGCCAAUUGAUGAGACAGUCGUUGGGGAUGUUUAUGAGGCUGACAACUUCGAUCCUCAGGAUCCCAAUUCCUUCUUCAAACUCAAGAAGCUCAAGAAGCUCCUGCUCCUCGGUUAAAUUUUCAUAUUUAGAGGCUAGAUAAAAAUCACACAUAAAAUCCCCCUCUGCUAGAUCCUCUAGCAGACAUCCUCAAAUCCUCUCUCUCUCUCAAAAUCAUCUCUGCCAUUGACCUUCCUCGGAUGAUCUUCCCUCCCAGCACACAAAAAA